GGAGAGACGCUUAGACGGAAACGAGUAGUCACAACUUCCAACAUUGAUCAUUAGCCAACAGUUUUUGCCAAAUAUUUUGGCAUUCUGUCCUUGUCGUAUGGGAGGAUCCUUCUGAAUCACAAUGAGCACGAAGCGUGUCAACACCACAGCGACUGCUCGCUUAAAGCAGGACUAUAUGAGGAUAAUGAAGGAUCCUGUUCCCUACGUCAGAGCCCUCCCUCUCCCUUCUAAUAUACUGGAGUGGUAUGUACCCCCUUCCCUCUAAUAUACUGGAGUGGCAUUACAUUGUAACAGGGCCUGCUAAAUCUCCUUAUGAAGGUGGAAUUUACCACGGAAAGCUCGUAUUCCCACGAGAAUUUCCAUUCAAGCCACCAAGUAUAUACAUGAUCACCCCAAAUGGAAGGUUUAAAUGCAACACAAGACUGUGUCUCUCUAUCAGUGAUUUCCAUCCUGACACCUGGAACCCGGCUUGGUCAGUGUCCACUAUCUUGACUGGGUUGCUCAGUUUCAUGUUGGAGAAGGACCCCACACUGGGCAGUAUAGAGACUUCAGACUACACGAAGAGACAGCUGGCUGCCCAGAGUGGAACUUUUAACCUGUCAGACAAGGUCUUCUGUGAUCUCUUUCCUGAUGUGGCUGAGGAAAUUAAAGAGGAGCAGCAUAGACGCGCUGAAGAACUACGGCAGUCAACAAACCAUGGAGCAAUAGGUCAGAGAUCACAUUUAAAUGGCGGCCAGAACCCUGCAGACAAUGACAACCAGGGGGUGUUUGGAAGUGCACUGGCCAAUAUCUUUGUCAUUGUAGGACUUGCAGCAUUUGCAUACACGGUGAAAUACGUGCUUAAAAGUAUAGUGGAAUGAGCAUAGUCAAAGUAGAUUGACCUAAAGAGUGACCGUUAAGGGUUGUGCUGGUAUGUCUUUCACAAUGUCUUCUUAAACUGUGUACAGAUAUAGAAUAUGACUGGACUUCAUUUAUACACUUCAGUUCGUUUCCCUAGAAACCUGACAAUGCUUCUUUGAAUGCAAUUAUUAAAUAUGCACAUGGAGAUUUUUCCUGGAAGGUUGUUAGUGUAGCAUGAACUUCAAUAAAAAGGACGAAUCUCUGUAUUUAAGUGUGUCCAGUCUGUUAAAAAAGGUAUUUCUGUUAAAUAUGGUAAAAUAUAUAAUGAUACAUGUAUAAAUGUUUUAUAAACAGCAUUACAUUUAGAAAUUCUGACAUGUCAUAGCUGUGAAAUUUUAGGGGUUUUUUUUAUUCUGAGUUUUCAUACAACAUUCCUUUAUAGGUCUAUCUUGCUAAAAUAUUUUUUUUGCAAAUUACCCUAUAGAUUUUAGGUCAGUUUUCACACAUUCAAAAAGCAGUGUCAAUGUUAUGUAGAAUUACAUCAUGUACAUAUGUGAAUCAAAUUAAUGGACCUGGGUCACGUGCACUGCUGUUAUUUUAUGUAAUAUUGUAUUUUUAAAUGCUUGAACUUCUCUCUUUUAUGUUGUAUCCAAGAUGAAUUUAUAAAGUACUCUGUAAUUAAGUAUUUAUCUUGGAGUUAUGAUGUAUAUAUGGCAAGAUUUCCAGGAAAAUUGGUGAAAAUGUACAUUUGUUUUAAUAUUAAUUACAUCUGAAGUAGACUCAAGUUUUAGAUUUGUUAUAUUUUAGGGAAAAUGUUUUUGUUAUUGUUUAUUUUUGUCAACUUCCUUUAGAAUAACAUCAACACAAUGUAACUUAUAUUUAAAGAAUUUCAGAAAUAUUAAAUGUGUAAGUUAC